UAGAGUUAGAUUUUUCUUCCUUUACCCAGCAGAGUGUGUAGUUUUAUGCACAGAUCACAUUCGUUCAACUAAAAAAACUCUCGAUAGCAUCCAUUCUCUGCGGGGCUCGCUGACACCUGAGAUUAGAUUCUUGAGCUUGACUAGUGUCACUCAGGUAGCCAGCCAUAAGACCCACAGUUCUUGCACACCUCCACUUCAUAUUAUCUUUAUCCAGGCGUGGAACGAGAGCCAAAAAGUGAUCAGGAAAUGAGAUUUUCUGUGGUUUUCUUUUGGGUGGAUUACAUGUAGUUUGAGCCCGAUAAAGUCAUCAAGUUUUAAACCAGGAGUUCCACCACAAUGCAAUCCAUCUUUCACAAUCAGAUCCAAAACACCAUUCAUCCGAGUUCCCGAGGGGCCGACAAGCCAAUGUCUGAACCCAUGCAUUGACAAGCUUCAAGAACGAAGAGUCGAGUCCAGCGGUGGCCAAAGUGCUGGGCCGCUUGAGAACGGUCUAAUUCCCCCUCAAAUGGCCUUGAUGGCUUACUCAGGAUCCAAGGCGACACGAAAGAUCUGACCUCGAUGCCAAUUAUCACUAACUAGACUAGCUAGAGUCUAGUACUUGCUCACCAAUCCCAAGAAUAAAGAAGGAAAGGACCAUGAGCGCUUCUUCCAAGAAACGAGAUAUCAAGAUCCGACGAUCUUGGGAGAUCAAUGGCGAUAUUGAAUCGGACAAAGACUACUGGAUAACUAGAGCUGGGCAGAGAUCUCAUUUGUAUGCUGCAGGCUUUCAGCAAGAGGAUUUUCAAAAGCCGACCGUGACGGUCUCGGCGCCCUAUAUGAGCUACAUAAUGUGCAACCAAAGAUGCGAUACGCUUCUGAAGGCGGCUGGCACUGCUAUUGAAGAGUUGGGCGGAAAAGCCUUUAUGAACAUGACACCUGUUGUUUCGGAUGGCCAAACGAUUGGCUCUGCAGGAAUGCGGUACAGUUUGGUUUCUCGUGAGCUCAUUGCGGACUCCAUUGAGCUCAUGACAGAUGCUUAUAGGACGGAUGCAGUCAUGACCUUUGGGGGUUGCGACAAGACAAACCCUGCAGCCCUCAUGCCUCUGGCUAGAACCAAUUGCAUUGGCAUUACCUUGUAUCCAGGAACUGCUGCUGCUGGGAAGCACCCAAGGACGGGUGAAAUGCUUUCACAGCAUAGUCCCUACGAGGCAAGCGGAGCUUACAGUGCUGGUCUCCUUGACAUAGAAGAACUGUCCCAAAUCGAGAAACACACGUGCCCUGGAUCAGGUACCUGUUCAGGCAUGUUCACAGCCAACACUAUGUCUACCUGCAUAGAAGCCUUGGGCAUGACAGUCCCAAAUUCAUCCACAGCUCCAGCGCUCAAUGCCAACGGAGAAAUUCAUGAACAAGUCCUGGAGAAUUGUAUUCAAUCCGCGACCUGUCUAUUUGAGAUGAUGGAGAAGAAUGUUCGAGUGAGAGACAUCUUGACGAAAGAGGCCUUCGAAAACUCCAUUACUGUCAUGAUGGCCCUAGGAGGAUCCACCAACGGUGUACUACAUCUUCUGGCUUUGGCAAAAGAAGCUGAAGUGGAGCUUUCCAUUGAGGAGUUCAAUGUGAUUGCAGACAAGACGCCACUUUUGGCCAACUUAACGCCGGAAGGAAAAUACAAUGUAGUCGACCUUCACGCCAUCGGAGGCCUGCCUUUGGUCAUGAAGCACUUGCUGGAUCAUGGAUUGUUGCACGGUGAUUGCUUGACCGUGACAGGCAAGACUGUGGCAGAGAACUUGAAAGAUGUUCCCUCCCUGCCUGAAGAUCAAGACAUUAUCAAACCAUUGACAAAUCCGAUUGCCCCUCCCGGCCGCCACAUUCUUAUCUUGACUGGCUCCCUUGCCCCUGGUGGGGCUGUCAUCAAGACGUCCGGCAAGGAUUUUCCUCGUUGGGAAGGCCCCGUAGUUGUUUGUGACUCUGAGCAAGCUGGGCUGGAUACAAUCCUGCAAGGGAAACUUCAGCGAGGACAAGCCCUGGUCAUUCGCAAUGAAGGACCGAAAGGAGCACCUGGUAUGCCUGAAUUGUUAGGCUGUUCCGCGGCGUUGGUAGGACGAGGCUUGGGACCACACUGUCCUCUUAUUACCGAUGCGCGCUUUUCUGGUGCAACGCGUGGGAUAAUGAUCGGUCAUGUUGUCCCUGAAUCGGUCCAUUUGGGACCACUUGCACUCCUACGCACAGGCGACACAAUUGUGAUUGACGUUGGUAGACGUGCAUUAGAUUGGAAGGUAUCUGAAGAGGAGAAACAGGAACGUUCGAAGGAUUGGAGGCCGCCGCCAUCGCGAGUAACAACCGGGAUCUUGAGAAAGUAUGCUGCUCUUGUCGGCGAUGCAUCCCAUGGAGCAAUAUGCAACUAGAUACUCCCCCAUUUUUCUAUGUUCUAUUACCUUUCGUGUACAUUAUAGCCAGUUGGGUAGAAUCAUCAAUCCUCUGCUGGCUGUUUUCUAAUUGGUUUCAUAUUUAUUUAGUUGGCCUUGGCUGGCUAGCUAGAUGAAGGGAACAAAGUCAUCAUCUGCCUGACCACCUUCGCCUUCAAGGCCAGUCAGGAAAGCGAUAGUACUCUCCAGCUUUUCUAUGAACGUGUCCACGUCCCUGCAAACGAAAGGGAGGAGGAAAGCAAAGAGGGCUUCGUAUACAAACUGGCUCGUGCGGAAUGAGAAUACCCCAAUGACUGAUGCAGUGGUUGACAACAGUGAUGUCCCGCUCGCACGGCGACACCUUCCAUAUCCAGAAAGCUACUCAAAUCACUGGGAUGCACUCCAUCUACGAUAAAGGCACAAAGCGCCGCCCGUGGCGUUCCACUCUUUGGUCCUAGCACCGUCACCCGGUCCACUUGUUCCAUGCGUCGUACCAGAUAUUCGGCCAUUUCAUGUUCGUACGCUUCAAUCUCUUCCAUUCCUAAUUGUUGCAGAUAAUCAAUGGCCGCUCCCAACCCAAUGGCCUGGGCAAUGGCCGGUGUUCCCGCUUCGAAACGUCCGGGUGCCGGCACAUAGGUCGAUCCUUCCAAUGUGACUUGAUCAAUCAUUUCACCACCUCCUUGGAAGGGUGGCAUGCUAUUGAGCAAAUCUUCUCGUCCCCAGAGAAACCCAAUUCCCGUUGGUCCGCACAUUUUGUGUCCUGAUGCGGCCAAAAAGUCGACGCCCAAGGUUUGUACAUCGACGGGCAUGUGCGGUACGGAUUGACAGGCAUCCAACAAGAUUUUGGCGUCCGCCUGUGCACGGACCAUUUGGACCAUUUCGGUGACUGGAUUAACGCAACCCGCCACGUUGGAGACGUGUUGAAAGGCGACCAUUUUGGUGUUACUGUUGAGCAUGCUUUUAAAUUCUUUCAGGUCGACGGCUCCCGUCUCUCGAUCCAUCUUGACAAAUUUGAGCUUCAGGCCUGGAAUGGUCUCAGCGAGCAUUUGCCAGGGUACGAUAUUGGAAUGAUGUUCCAUUUCGGUGAGUAGGAUUUCAUCUCCCGCCUUGAGAUUGGCUCUGGCAUAACUGUAAACGACCAAAUUGAUGGAUUCCGUGGCCCCGGAUGUAAAGAUAAUUUCAUUGCGACUGUUGGCGUGAAUGAGUUUCUGUACCUUGUCUCUAGCUCCCUCGUAGGCGGCCGUGGCUUCUCGUGACAGCGUGUGAGCCCCUCGAUGGACGUUGCUGUUGAGUUUUGUAUAAUAGUGGUCCAGUGCCUCGAUGACUUGUUUUGGUUUUUGGGACGUGGCGGCGGAAUCCAAGUACACGAGCGGCUUAUUGUCGACUUGUUCCAACGUGGUCGACAAAAUCUCAAAAUCAGGUCGAGACUGUUCUGCCACUUUGGCAUGUUCCAUUUUGUAGUUUUUCCACCAGAGAUCCUCAUUUGUGGAUUCUUCUUCUUGUUCUUGUUUCUGCUGAAGCUCACUGUCUGAGGCGCCGUUCAAUUGUACCAUUCCAAUCCCACCCAUGCUAUUGGUUCUUCUGCCGAGCGCGGGAACAGACGAAGUGGUAAACGAAACGACGGCAUGGCUAGAAAGACAUGUUGCCGCCAACAAAGCAUAACCAGAUAACCUCAGAUAAUGUCGUGUCAUUGUUCUCUAUCUAUUGUAGGUUAUAAAAGGAC